AAAAUCAUUGUUCAUAAAAUAAAGUUCACAUCAUGGCAAGCCUACGCGCUUCCACGAAGCUCGUGAAACACGAUUCACCUGAUCAAUAAAAUUAAAAUCCUUAUCUUUUUAAAUUCUUACCGCUCUAUGUUAGGGUUCUGUGGUUUGUCCGACAACGAAAAUGGUGAUUUUUCCUGGAAAUCUCGUCUGUAAAACCUCGUUCUGGCAUCAACGUCUAGUCCUUUUGGUUCCCUGGCUGAAACUGUCUCAAUUCCCGGGCAAUACUUGUUCGAGAUGCAGAGUCUACUGUUCAUCAUCGUCAUUUCCAGUUAGGUACAUUCCAAAUCAAUCUUCAAAAGCCAAGGAAACAAAGACAUCUCCUUUGCCCAUAACGGGUUCAGAAGAUGAAGAAAUGCGUAGUGAUUCAGACCCGAAUAUAUCGAGAGUUGAGGUCUCGAAUGGUUCACAUAGAAGCUUUGUGUUGGAUGAGAAGUCUCAGAGUCAACAAAAUCAAAAUCAAACACUGAUUAACAAAUUUACCUUUGGCACCAAACCAGGGGUGGAAGAAGAAGAAGUAGGUUGUGAUUUGGGGAUUGCGGACCAUAAAUUAUUGGAAGACCUUGAGGAAUUGAAAAUCCAUCAGGGUAAGGAUCCUCGCAAUCAAGAUGCAUUACUUGAAGGAAAAACUAAACAAGAUGCAGAGAACUUGGCAAUUGAAUUCCUUGCAACAAGAGCAUUUACUGCAGUUGAGCUGAGAAAGAAACUACAUGGAAAGAGAUUUCACCUUGAUACUGUUGAUGCAGUUAUAAAAGACUUCCAGGGCCGGGGUUUCAUCAACGAUUGCUUGUAUGCAGAAACAUUUUCUCGGUCCAGAUGGUCAUCCUUAAAGUGGGGCCCUAUGCGGAUAAAAAAAGCACUGUUGAAGAAAGGAGUAAGUGAAGUUGAAGCAAAUAAGGCUAUAAAACUAGUAUUUGAGGAUGGUGAUUCUGGUGGAGAUCAAGAGUCAAGACUUGGAUUGUCAAAGCUUUCAAUGGAUCAAUUAUUUGUUCAGGCCACAAAGCAGUGGCUCCGGGGUAGGAAUGUGCCUUGUGAGAUGCGGAAAUCAAGGAUUAUCCGGUGGCUUCAAUACCGUGGCUUCAAUUGGGGUGUCGUUAUUGUCAUCUUGAAGAAGUUACAAUCCGAGUAUCCCCCAUAGAGCACUGUAGCACCUUCAAUUGUUGUGCCAUCAAUGAGAUUGAAUGGGUCGGUAUUUUGUGAUUGAGAGAAUGUGGCAACUCCACACAGAAUGUAAUCCCUUGGUGUGAAGAUGGCAGGAUAGCUGUCACCUUGAGGUACAUGCUAACUUAGGAUAGAGAUGGAAAAGUGGAUCUACUUGGGGAUCAAAAUCAUCUGCUGCAACUAGAAUUCUCAUAUAUUCACGUGAUCGAAAUAAUUAGUAACAUCCAUCCAUUUGUUGCGUAAAUGAUUUUGCGGUGUAGUUACUUGUAUAAACAAUUUAUUGUAGAAAUGUAGAGCCGGGGAUAUUAUGCUAGCAACUGGCAUUAUCCGGAUUAUGGUUAUUGUCAUGGUGAAUAUUUGAAUGUGUGUUGGAUAUGUAGACUAAUGGAAUCUUAAUUUGGAUUCUUUUUGGAUUUUAAUACAAUGAACUUACUUGAGAGAGAGAACA